UAUUCCUAUAGAGAUUGUAUUGUAUUUUUAAUUGACGCAUCAAAAUCAAUGUUUGAUCAGAACGAUAGCGGAGAAGUACCAUUCUACAAUGCCAUAAAAUGUUUAAUUCAGACCAUUACCGAUAAAAUUAUUACAAGUGAAAGCGAUUUAAUUGGUGUCUGCUUUUAUAAUACCGAUAAAAAAAAAAAUAUAAAUGAUUUUGAAAAUAUUUAUGUUUUAUCAGAAUUAGAUAUACCUGAUCCAAAGAUUAUAUUACAAUUAGAAGAUAUUUUAGAGAACGACUUUUCAAAAAGUUUUGGCCAUUUCAAUGGUGAUUUUCCUCUAUGUGAUGCAUUAUGGACAUGCUCAACAAUGUUUAGUAAUAUGAAACAAACAUCAGCUCAAUCUCAACAACAAAAUAAUUUCAAAAGAAUCUUUUUAUUUACAAACCAAGAUAAUCCAAAUCAAUACAAUGAGGGUAAUAGAAAUUUAACUAUUCAGCGUGCAAAAGAUUUAUCAGAACUCAAUAUCCAAAUAGAGUUAUUUUCAAUGAAUAAACCUGGCGAGCAAUUCGACUUUACACUAUUUUAUCAAAACAUAUUAGUAUUUGGUGAUGAUGACCAAUAUAUCGACCCUAACCAAUUCAAUGCAUCAACUAAAUUUUCAGAAUUGUUAUCAAAACUAAAAAGAAAAGAAUUUAAAAAACGUUCAUUAGGUAAAAUACCAUUAUAUAUCGGUAGUAGCAGCGAUAACAAUAAUAAUAAUCAAAUCGUCAUUUCGACUCAAAUGUAUAAUUUAUUUAGCACUGCCAGAAAAUCAAGCCCAGUUUUAUUAGAUCCAAAAACUAAUUUACCAGUUAAACAAUUAGUAAAGAAUGUUUGUGAAGCCACUGGUGCAACUUUAUUACCAAGCCAAAUUAAACAAAGCUUUUACUAUGGUGGCGAACCAGUUAUCUUUAGUAAAGACGAAUUAGACUCGAUUAAAUCAAUAGAUAGAAUUGGCUUAACCCUAUUAGGCUUCAAACCAACCUCUGCUAUUAAAGCAUACCAUUCAAUCAAACACUCUUCGUUUAUUUUCCCAGAUGAACAAAUGAUUAAAGGAAGUACUGUAACAUUCAACUCAUUAGUUGAGCAAAUGUUAAAAUCUGAUAAAGUUGCAAUUUGUAGAUUUACAUCUCGUUCAGGCUCUGCCCCUAGAAUGGUGGCACUAUUACCACAAGAAGAAAUUUUAAUAAAUGAAUUUGAUUCAUUUGGUAAAAUUCAAUUUAGACCAAGAGGUAUGCAUAUUAUUUAUUUACCAUAUGCAGAUGAUAUUAGACACCCAGUUAAUGUUGGUAUUGUAAAAAAGAAUAAAAGUGAUGAAAAAAAAGACCAAGAAUCCAUAGAAUUAGCAAAAAAGAUUAUUAAAUCAAUGAAGAUAAAAUUUGAUGAAAAGAAAUACUUGAAUCCUAGCUUACAGAAACACUAUGCAUCACUUCAAGCAUUAGCACUGGAAAGAGAUUCAAUCGAAGAGACCAUAGACAACAUCCAGCCAGACCAACAACUAAUUGAUAAGAAUUUGGAUCUUUGUAGAGAAUUUAGCGAUACUAUUUUCCCACCUGGCUAU